CUCCUCCUCCUCCUCAGCAUCACAGAGCUUCUUGAACCAACAGCACAGCUUUACCUGGAUUUCGUCUUGGAGAAAAGUAACUGAACCAAGAGGAAAAGAGUUUCCUGAUCAAGUGAUUCAGACGAGAUCAGACCAACUGCAGGUUUGAAAACAGCUUCAGGUUUAACUAGACCAAACCCCAGACACCAUCACACUUCAUUCACCUUCACUGUGUGGAGCUCUGCACCAGGAAUCACCAUGGCAACGAUCAGUAACAUCUCGGAAAAAUACAAGGACAUCAUCUCCAAAAGUUCUCGGAUCAGUUCAGGAUCUCCUGCUCUAUACCAGCUGAGACCAAAGAAAGAAGAGUUUGGUACUCUGACCAGAAAGACUGUUGGUGAAAGAAAUCUGAAGAAGGUAAAUAAAACCAUCUUACUUGUUGGAGAAACAGGAACAGGGAAAUCUACUCUGAUCAACACUAUGGUCAACUACGCCAUGGGAGUAGAGUUUGAUGACGACAUCUGGUUUGAGAUCGUAGAGGAGGAGAAGGGAAGUCAGUCAGAAAGUCAGACAUCAGAUGUGAUCGUGUACGAGAUCUUUGGAUUUGAAGAUAAAACUCUGCCCUUCUCUCUGACCAUCAUUGAUACUCCUGGAUAUGGAGACACCAGAGGGACUGAACAUGAUCUCAUCGUCAGUCACAGAUUAUUUGACUUGUUCCGCUCAGAAGAAGGAGUUCAUGAAGUUAGUGCAGUGGGUCUGGUGAUGAAGGCGUCAGAGAAUCGACUGAGUGAUCGACUGAUGUACAUCUUCAGCUCAGUGAUGUCUCUGUUUGGAAACGACAUGGAGAAGAACAUCGUCACUCUCAUCACUCACUCAGAUGGAAGAAAACCAAAAAAUGUUCUUGAAGCUCUUGAAGCUGCAAAAAUUAAAUGUGCCAGAAAUGAGAAGAAUCAGCCUGUUCACUUCCUGUUCAAUAACUGCCAGAAAGAAGACCGAACAGACGACAGAGAAGUGCUGGAACUAGCUGAUAAAAUAACAGUGAGAGGAAUUAGUCAGUUUAAAGACUUUCUGGAAAAAAAUGCACCUCAAAAACUGGAGAAAACUGUGGAUGUUUUGAAUGAACACGUCAGACUGACGGCCUGUAUCCAGAACCUGCAGGAGAGAAUUAAGUUGAUUGAACUGAAACAGACAGAAAUCAAACAGACAAAAGAAGCUCUGAAGAAAUAUGAAGAAGAGAUGAAGAAGAAUGAGAAGUUCACUGUAGAAGUGGAUGAGGUCUACAGAGAUAAAGAACCUAUUGAUGGUGGGAUGGGGGGGUUCUUGUGGUUGUUAUAUACAGGAGCUGUGACCUGUAAAGUCUGUGAAGAGAACUGUCACUAUCCAGGAUGCACAACAGCCCCAAGUCCGAAUCACUGUAAAAUCAUGGAACGUGGCCACUGCAUUGUUUGUACUAAUAAAUGUCCUGCAUCAGAUCAUGUGAAAGAAAAGUGGAUCUAUGUCAACAAGACAAGAAAAGUUCAGAAGACUCUACAAGGCAUGAAAGACAAGUAUGAAGAGAAUAAAGCAGAAAGUGAGAAGAAGUCGAGCCUCCUGGAAAAUCUAGAGAAGGAAAUGAAAGAGCUGACAAACAACAAAGAUCAAUACCUUGACGAGUCCUACCAACAUGUCGUCAGGCUGGAGCAGAUCUCCCUGAAUGUAAAUUCAGUGUCCACCCAUGUCCACUUGGACUUCCUGACUGAGAAGAUGAAGGAUAGUGGAGACACAGAGAAGGUCCAGAAGCUGGAGGAGAUAAAAGGUCGAGUGGACACAAGAGUCCCUGCAGCCCUGCGGUUCGUGUACGUGAAGAUAAUGUCAGCUGGGAGAGGACUUAAAGAUGUCUUUUACUUGUCAGGUCAGACAGGUGUUGGGGAGACCUCGUCGCUCCACUAGUAGAGCGCGUACCACGUAGGCCCUUUGCUGCAUAGCCUCUCUUUCCUUUCCAUAUUAUAUUAUAUAUAUAUACGUUUGUCAAAACACAAAUCAGUGCCAAUGAAGGACCACAUGUACAGUAGAAUGAUGGUACCUAGAAGUACAGCUGGUAUUUAAAAGUACAGUUAGUGUGUAAAAGUACAGUUAAUGUGUAAAAGUACAGUUAGUGUGUAGUAAUGUAGAUAGAUCUACAUCAGAGACCAACAGCUGGUGCCACAGCAUCACUAACAGUUUAUUUUAACAGUAAUCAAUCAAUCCAACAAUUUAGCAAAGUGCUGUAGUUACAUAACUUUAACUAACUAACUAACUAACUAACUAACAUUAACCACAGGGUAGGUGUCAUGUACAAUCAUAAUAAAAACCUUCCACUGGCAGUGGAUGUUGAGAAAUGAUUAAAUGUAACAGGUGAUAAUUACGUGUAAUAAUUAUAUCUGAUGAGAUGUUUACUGGAACUGAAUCAGUGUAAUCUACUUGUUUCUUUCUUUAGAUAAAGUAAAGCUAACUGUGAUAAUAAGCAGAGUGAACUGGGAGCUCCCAGCUCUUCUUUAAAUGGAGUGACGCCCCCUGGUGUUCAGUGCUCAGUACAACAGCCCCUCCCUCCCUGAUCUCUCAGUCAGACUGUGUUGAACAUUUAUUUCUCUGAAGGUUUCUAAUGUUGUCAGUGAUUGAGGCUGUGAUUUAUUGUGAUGUUGCUCAUGUUGACACAGUGUCAGUAAACUGGUGGUGGGACAGUAACAUGUCACUGACCUGAUGUAUAAAGAUCAUUAGAAUCAGUUUGUACAGACGAUGUUACAGACACUGAACUCAGACACAGUGUAGAAAUAUUCUGAAUCCAGAGUUUCUGAAGAGUCCACUCAUGAAAUCUGACCCACUUUGGUUUCUUCAUGUGUCUUCCUGCUUGGAAUGACUAGUUCACAUCUGUCAGACCACAGAAACAUCUGGAUCCUCUAAUGUUGGACUUUAUCUGUGAAGCAGCCAUAUUUGAUGAAAUCACUUCCUGAUUGAUGCAGUUUUCUGUGAAUCCUGAAUAAAAUCUGCUUGAUGAAAAGA